GAACCUCGGGACCAGUCUCAAACUUCCUAGACACGCAGUCCAAGGGACUAAAAUGAUAAAUUCUUUCUGUAGUUAGAGCGAAAGCCACCAGCUUUUGAAGCCUGCUCUUCUAUUUCUCUCGCAGAGGCGCUUCCAAUUAGCCAAGAAAAACUAUACUUAUUGCUAAUUGGCAAUAGGUAUGGGUUGAUGAGAACAUUUUUCAUUGCUUAAUCACAAGUCAAAAUGAUCUAGAAGCUUCUUUGGUCUAUGGUUGAUCUUGGGUUGUUGCAAAAGGAGGCUUGAAGAAAAUGUCUUGGCUAACCUUGAACCUUGCACCUUAGAGUCUUGUCAAUGUACUGAUAUCUUAAAUAGAAGACAAGAGUUGACUUGCGAGACAUUUUUAUGUGCCAAAUCUUGCGGGACUCUCAAGAGUUAACUUGUGAGACAUCUUUAUGUGCCAAGCCUUGUGGGAGUAACACGUAUCAAUUGAUGCUCAUAUAUACUGGGACCAAUAUCAAGGACACAUUUGGGUUUUCAUGGUAUUCAGUCUCUAUAUUUGAUAUAAGUUUCUUCUUCUGAUAUUUCAAGCUCUGCCAUUUUGAACCAUAGUUUUCUAACUAUGUAUAUUCUGAAUUUCUAAGUUUCUUCUUUGGAACUCAUGUUGAUUCAGAUGGUUCAACAAACAAUAGACUCUAAAUUCAGUGAAUAUGGGAUGGGAAGUACUGAAAAUGACUUGCCUACUCGUGAUAAGCAACUGUCUGUUGCUGUAAAGAAGACGGCUUUGAGAGAUCUGCAGAAUGAUAAUAGAAUUAUGAUGCCCAACUCUACUGAAAACUCUCCACUUCUGAAGGAUAGAAAUCCAAUUAGUGAUGCCCUUGAAGUUUCUGGUGCCAAGAAGCCCUCACUUGAGUGCCCUGAAAGCCCCCCUCAAUACCAAUCUCCAAGCAGCAAUGCUGCAAAUGGGCAUCUUGUCUAUGUACGUAGAAAAUCUGAAGCAGAACUAGGCAAGAGCAGCACUGGUGAUAGCUCAAGCAUUAAUGCCGAAUGCCUGCAGUCAAGGAAACUCAAUCACCAGGAGGAGACCACCCGACCCAAAUCCCAGAUGGAGCCAAAGGUCUCUUGCUUUCCGGCAUUUGCUCCUCUUCCAAUGGUGGCAUCCAUGAGCUCAUCUGGAAAACCUUCAGUUCCUUGUAAUCUUGGGAAGCCUGGUAUGGCGUUAGCACCAGUAGAGCCCAAUAACCAUCAUGUUGCUUCUGCUGCCCCGUUGUUAAGUAAUCCAAAGGGAUCAUGGGAAGAGCGAUAUCAUCAACUGAAGAUGUUCUUAAGAAAAUUGGACGAAGCUGAUCAAGAGGAAUAUCUCCAGAUGCUUCGCUCGUUCUCUCCAGUUGAACUCAGCAGAUAUGCUGUUGAGGUGGAAAAGAGAUCGAUUCAGCUUUCACUGGAGGAAGCAAAAGAGUUGCAGCGGGUAACUGCUUUGAAUGUCCUGGGAAAAUGUAUAAUGGAUUUUAAAGCAGCCUCAACUCAUCAAGACCGUUUAGAGAAGUGAGAGGACAGGGUGAACACUAUAUAUGUGUUGGGCAAAGAUAGUUUGCAGACAACCCGUGCUUAACUCUCUUUUUUCUCCCUUUUCCCAGGCUUCUCUGCUGUGCUCAUCCUCCCACUUUGGUUGGUACUCACUGUAAUAUUGUGAUUGCCACUGUAAUUUUCCAUGUCUAGUAGUGAGAUGCUGUGGACAAUAUGAAAUUGUUACUGCAUUAGUGUUUAGAGAGAAGGAUAUAGAAAAACAAGUGUUUAACUGUGAUGCAUUGCUUCUGUUUCCACUGGGGGCCGUAUCUUUUGUAUAUAAAUGCAAGUUCAGAGUAAGUCAUUGCUUGUAA